AUGGACAAGUUCACCAAGUGGAUCAAGGCGAAGCCCAUCACCAACAUCCGCUUAGAAGAAGCGGUCGAGUUCUUCCUCGACAUCAUCUACCAGUUCGACGUCCCUAACUACAUCAUCACAAACAACGGAACCAACUUCACCUGCAAGAAGUUCCUGAAUUUCUAUGAUGGUUAUGGCAUCAAGGUCGACUGGGCCUCAGUCGGACACUCGCGGACCAACGAUCAAGUCGAGCGGGCCAAUAGCAUGGUCCUCCAAGGACUCAAGCCAUGGUUCACCCCCUUUUCCUUGGUGUACGGUGCUGAGGCAGUAUUGCCAUCCGACCUCGACUACGGCGCUCCAAGGGUAAAGGUGUUCGACCCUGACCGAGCCGCGGAGGCUCAACAGGAUGCGGUUGAACUACUCAAGGAGGCGCGCGAGACGGCGAUCAUUCGCUUUGCCCGUUACUAG